CAAAAAGUGGCUUCUUCGUGUCGGCAGGUCUUAGUGUCUUAUUCGUCUACCUGGACAAGUGCACAGGCGGUGUUCCCACCAGCUCGGUGGCGGGCAGCUGUUUACUGGCUGGUUCCGGUUAAAGGAAAUCCAGUGCCUGGUAGAGGAUAGUCCCCUCGUCCCUUGUCAACACCAAGGACCUAGAACCACCAACUCGCCUGUGGGCCAGGGCGGCCAGGGCGGCCAAGAACCUCAUCUUGGUGCCAUCGACCAAAACCCUCAGGCCCAUUCUGCAGGUCUUGUCUCUCUUUGUGAACCUUGGGGUCCUGCAUCAAACGUCGCUCCCGCAUUACCCAUCCUUUCUCUGGACUUACUGAACUCUCGACUCAACACUACAUUCCGAACAUUCCACACGCCAGAACAUCUGUACACGCAGGCUCGCACAAGGGUCCAUUGUCAUCAGUACACCACGCCUGUAACGACUUUGCACCCUCAAACGCCUGCACUGACACGAAUCUCACCACCAACUCAAAACAACAAAUCCUCAUCCCGCCGAACUUCCCCAUCAACCAGUCGCCCUCUUCUCGAGGAGCCGGCCAUGGCAACCUCCCACCGAUCAUGAACCUCCGAGAUAGGUAAACAGUUUGCAGAGAGUCUCCAAGACCUGAAAUGAGAACAGUGGACCAAAGAUGCGCAUCUCGAUACGAGUGCAGUUGGCACUCUUGGUGCUCUUCUGCUCGCUCAUCUCACUCAUGGUCCUGGCUUUGGCCGUGUGGUUCCAAAAUUAUUCCUUCAUCACGGACAUUAGGCUGUCGAGUCUCUCAUUGACCGCCUCCUUGAAGUCCGCGCAGUUGUCCAGCACGCUCGACCUAUACACCGCCCAGGUCCGUUCAAUAAGCACGCGCAUUCUUGUUCAAAACGCGCUGGGGAGAUAUUACCUGGGCAAUAACUCAGACGAAAACUGGGUUCGCUCUCGCAGCGACCUCGAAGGAGCCCUAGCCAACGGAGGACUCCUCGUUCAAGCCGCUUUGUUUCCAAACACCAACGAUGGUAACGAUACCUCGGUCCACGGCCUUCUCAACGUCACCGCCAUAGGUGUGAAUGGCACGGUCAAGCUGCCUUAUCUGUCGCCGUCUGGUGACGAGGUCUAUCUUGGAGACAUUGACUAUGGCUACCCUCCCUCCCUCUUUCCCAACCUUACUUAUGGCCCUGUAUUGCCCGGAACCAACUGGUCCAGUGUAUCCUACAACGGACGCACCAUUGGAAAAAACGAUGCCUUAUAUCUCGGGCCACUGAUCGUCAAUGGGACUUACUCAUUGCUCUCCGUGACGGUAGCACUCAUCAACAACACCUCAGCCUCCGAUGUUCUAGGCUGGCUGACCGUGGUGGUCAACGCUUCGCUUUUUUAUGAUAUUCAGAGUUCUCCUGAAGGACUUGGCCACACAGGGGAGACGCUGAUCAUCAGUCCGAAUACCACCGACAACCAGUUCCCAAUCGAUCCAUUAACCGCAACCCCCCAAGAGCUCGGCGAGCUCCCUGUCAAAUUCGUGCUUCCUCCACACAAUUCAACUUCAAGGGGGCGACAUCAAAUCAGAAGCUCCCUGCCCAACGCAUCACUGCCCUUCCUUGCGUCGCAAUAUCCAGCUGUCGUCUCGGCCUGGACCAAAGACAACAAUGCAGUCAACAAUGCUGGCGCAUACAUUUCGACGCACAAUGAAGACGGCGAGAGAGUUUCCGUUGGAUAUGCCACUUUGUCUGCCCCAUUUGUGGAUUGGGUUCUUGUCGUAGAACAGGAGUAUAGCGAAGUGGUCGCUCCGAUCCAGCACCUACGAAAUGUUGUCUUGAUUUGUGUCUUCUCCCUGAUUGGCGCCAUGUUGGUUAUCAUUCUCCCGUUGGCACACUAUUCAAUCACGCCGAUACGUCAACUAGCUGCCGCAACCGCAAAAACGGUGGAGCCCUACCAACCUGACGACAAUAGCGAGUAUUCCAACCCUCACGGCGGGACAGUCGUGGAUACGGAGGAAGUUGACCCUGAUUAUGACCAUGACGCAGCAAGGAAAGAAGGCUUCCUUGGUGCUCUGACCAAGUUUACCAAACCUAAACAAACCGAGAGAACGUUGACCCCUCGAGGCCUGCGACGAAGAACCUUUAGAAUUCCUAGCAAGGUUCCCGAACGAAGACAUCUCAUUACGGAUGAGCUUACCGAAUUGACGCGCACAUUCAACGAAAUGUCAGAUGAAUUGACCAUGCAGUAUGAACGUCUCGAAGAAAGAGUGAGAGAAAGAACUGCGCAACUUGAAAAGAGCAAGAAGGCUGCAGAGGCAGCAAAUCAAAGCAAGACAUUAUUCAUCGCCAACAUUUCCCACGAGCUCAAGACCCCGUUGAAUGGUAUCCUAGGUCUCGCCACUGUAUGCAUGGGCGAGGAUGAUCCGAGUAAAAUUCGGUCUACCCUGAGCACCAUCUAUAAAUCCGGGGACCUUCUUCUCCACCUUCUGACUGAUCUGUUGACAUUUAGCAAGAACGAGGUGGGGCAACAGCUAUCUAUCGAUGAAACUGAGUUCCGCUUGAGCGACCUCAGUACACAGCUGAUCCCGACGUUCGAAAAGCAAGCCAGGGAAGGGCAGAUUGAUCUCAAAGUCUUGUUCCUCGGAACCAACGAUGCCUUUGGCGACACCUCGGAUUAUUCUGGCGAACAUCUGUAUGGACCUGGUGGCACUGGAAGAGUGAGAGACAUGUGCCUAUGGGGAGACAAGAAUAGAAUUCUACAGGUUUUGAUGAACUUUGUCAGCAACAGUCUCAAGUUUACUCCUCCGCACGGCUCGGUCACGGUACGUGUGCGUUGCACUGGUAUUAUGGAGGCGUAUUCGAGUCGAGCUGGAAGUGCAAGGAAGUCCUCGUUGAAUUCUCGGAAAACAUCCAGUAACAAACGGGUCAGGAUGUCGGAUGCAUCACUUGUGGCGCCUGAGACUGGCUCGGCCGACAGAAAGGACGUCGCCGCCAACAGCAAUGAAGACUCGAAAUUGAGCAUCACCGUUGCGGGUGGCACGACCCAGAUUUCCAAAAUCGUGGAACGUCAGCGAUCCAUGUCACCUCCUCCUCUGAACACCAAGGAUCUGGCAUUCGAAUUUGAGGUGGAGGAUACGGGUCCGGGAAUUCCUCCUGAGCAACAGCAAAUGAUCUUUGAGCCUUUUGUGCAAGGAGAUCUUGGCUUGAGCAAAAAGUACGGAGGCACCGGACUCGGCUUGAGCAUUUGUGCUCAAUUGGCGGCACUCAUGGGUGGUGACAUAUCCCUUGACAGCAAGGUCGGCGAAGGGAGCAAAUUCACAAUGCGCCUUCCACUUCGUUAUGUCUCGGAGAGAAGUGCAUCCAUGGCAUCCUCGACGCAUAAAAGCCACUCCAAAGCCAGUAGUCUUGUUGGCCAACCAUUGCACGACGCAAGCGACUCCAACAUGCACCUUGGGCCUGAUUCGACAACCUCGAUAACGCAGAGCAGCCGUGACGACUUGGCUGGCGAAUCGAACUACUCCAACAUUCCCCGGAUUGUGGGACUGACUCAACCCUAUGUCGCAAAAGAUUCCAAGACCUCUUCCGAGGCGAAACUGAAGGAGAUCAAAAAGGCAGAAAAUGCAGCAGCUCAAGGCGGGAGAAAGGUCCGUGUCCUUGUUGCAGAAGAUAACAAGGUCAACCAGGAAGUUGUCCUCCGCAUGCUUCAGUUGGAGGACGUGUAUGAUGUAACUAUUGCCAAGGACGGUCAAGAGGCCUUUGACAAAGUCCGAGACUCGAUGCACAGCAAAGAGCGAUUUGAUUUGGUGUUUAUGGAUGUGCAAAUGCCAAACCUGGAUGGGAUCCAGUCAACGAGGUUAAUACGAGAAAUGGGGUUCACAUCACCGAUUGUGGCCUUGACAGCAUUUGCUGAGAAGUCAAAUGAAGACGAAUGCAUGGCGUCCGGGAUGGACUUCUUCCUUGCCAAGCCGAUUCGACGGCCAGCACUGAAACAAGUGUUGAAGAAAUACUGUGCGACGAUACCCGAGGAAGAAAACGAAGGAAGCUCCGCGUCAGUACCUCUUGCCGGCGACCUUAAAGUCGAUACCAACAUCAACUCUGUCAACGGGUUUAUGACACAGAACGGGACGGGCCAAGCAAAGGACGGCGGGGCAACAAACAAGCGUUCGGAGCCGUUUGACUCAAAUGACGUGUCUCCGUUGUCCUAAGCCCUAUGAUGAAGUCUUAUGCACCAAAGAAGGUCGAAUGUGUAUGACGAUUCAUCAGAAGAAGACGGAAUAUUGCGUGGUUUCCCAUGGGUUGGAUGGCCGCGACCCAGUUUAAAAAGCACAGCGGAGGCGCAAGGGGAUUUUGUUUAUAGCAAUAUGGGUUUUGUGUUUGAAGCUGCUCCUUGUUGGGAUGCCACAGAUGCUGGGACUGUGGUGCUGGGGGCAAAACGACGACCCAAAUGAACAGUGUCGAGAUCUAGCGGUAUACACGCCCGCGUUGUGAUUCGGAUUAGCCACACAACACAGCCUGCUAUCAGUCGACCAUGUAACAUGACUGACACUUUACCGAGCCGGCGGGUCCUUAUCUAAUCACAAACAAGAGUUCGCAGACACAUGAAUUCUCUCGUGGUAGAGGGUCCGAAGGCGAGGAAGUAAAGAACUAACUUUGAAGGACGAUUGUCAUAGUGGAUGAUUGUGAUAUACAUUUAGUUAGGUAUGUGCUGUCUCUAGUGUACCUUGUGUAUAUAUAUGUAGAUGAACGUCUUGAACGGCUAAGAAAUGACGGAUCGACGAGAUUUCCAUGUGUUA